CUUGAACAUACAUAAGAGGCGAAGACAGUCCGCCAGUCCAAUUUGGCACAGCAUCACCAGACAAUUUGCUAUUGCUGAACCUUUUCAAUUGGAUCUUUUCAGUCGUUCAGGACCUCUUUUUACCCUCUUUCGGGGCUUCUAAGAAAAUUAAAAACACCCCUUGGCUUGGUCAUUUCUGGAUGAGAAACGGCACGUCAGUGAUGAGCUCGAGCAGGUUGCUGAGAACUGAGGCUUUGUCUUGGCUGACGGCUGUAGGAAACUUGUCCGGGGGCGAGUCCCACGCCUUGGUCCUGCAGCCUCUCUGGGACUACCUCCACCAGAACCACCAUGACCUGCUCAGGAGCCCGCUCUUCCCCGUGGUCCUCUCCGUCACCACCUACUUCGUCCUGGUUGGUAUUUACACCGCGUUGGACCUGCUGGCUCCCACCUGGCCCUCCAUCAACCGCUACCGGCUGCAUCCAGACAAACCCGUCACCUGGCCUAACAUCUGGACCACCCUGGGUGUCACCGUCUACAACCACCUGUUCUUCAUCUUCCCCGCGGCGGUUGCGCAGUGGCUGUGGAGGCCGCCGACCCCGUUGCCUCCGGAGGCCCCCUCUCUCUGGGGCUUCUUUCUCGGCAUCCUGGGCUGCAUGGUCGUCUUUGAUUUCCAGUACUACCUGUGGCACCUCCUGCACCACCGGGUUCCCUGGCUUUACCGCACCUUCCACGCCAUCCACCACCAGUACAACCAGCCCUUCAGCCUGGUCACCCAGUACCUGUCUGGCUGGGAGCUGUUCAGCGUGGGAUUCUGGGCCACAGUGGACCCCAUCCUGCUGAGGUGCCACUGCCUCACAACUUGGGGCUUCAUGGUAUUUAACGUUUACGUCUCCACCGAGGACCACUGUGGCUACGACUUCCCCUGGGCCAUGCACAACCUGGUGCCCUUUGGCCUUUGGGGCGGGGCUCCCAAGCAUGACGCUCAUCACCAGCGACCGGGGACCAACUUUGCCCCAUUUUUCUCCCAUUGGGACUGGCUCGGGGGAACCAACACGGUGCCAACCGCCUCCGGCCAAUCUGCCUCAGAAGAACUUGAAGACAUGGAAGAGAAAAAGGACUAAAGGACGCUCAUUGACUCAAACUCUUUUGUACCUUCUCACAUUCCAACACUCUUGUUUUUUUCUAUCUACACUCUUGCACCUUUUCCCAGUUUUUCUCAUCUUUCUUUGAUCUUCCAUAUUUUUUUACUAACUGAAUUUGUUGGAAAUCUCUCUGUUGUACCUGAACUGUUUGCUAAAAAAAAUGUAAGAGAUUGCUUCUUUCUGCAUUAAUGGAAAGUGAUGACAUAUUAUCCCUGCUCGUCUUAUUGAUUAGUAGUAAGUGGAACAUUGAUCAACAUAUUAGAUGUGCAUUAAUGACUUUGAUGAUUGAUUUGACAAAAUGUAAUGUCCGUUUCCUGUUUCACAAUUGGUGACUGUAUGAUGUUUCUAUGACGGGAAGCACUUUGAACUGCCUUGUUUCUGAAAUGUGCUUAAAGAAAUAAACUUGACUCAUUUUCAAGACUUCUCGCUCAUCCGAAUAUCUUGUUGUAUUACCGCUUCUCUUUGUCUCCUUCUCAGGCUGUUUUUUGUGCAUCUGCAAAAAGAAUUAAAUGUAAAUGAAAGGAAAGAUAAAGGCAUUCGGAUCAGA